UGACUGAGCCUGGCACAGCUGAGGUGUUGAGCAGCACCACGCUGUGAGGGUCAGGGAGCUUAAGUGCCAAUGAGCCUCUGGGCAAUAUCCUGCGCAUUGGAAUUUCGGGGCACAGCCUUGCCAGGCUCCCCAGGCAGAGGAGGGCAAGAGCAGCGGAGGAGCCAGUUGCCAAACUGCCGAGCAGCCAAGGAAAGGCUGAAAUGCCUGAGUGCAAAACCCUUUUUAAAGGACCGGACAAAUGACCUGAAUCCACACUUAGAACCAGUUUCUAAACUCAAGCAUGUUGACAGGAACAAGAAGGAUGUUCUCAGAAAUGUGAUGAAGAGUGCUCAGGAGGAUGGCAAGCUUAGUGCCAAAUCCACACAUCACACUGGCCACGCUAGUCAGCAGAAGCCUUCAAACACAUCCCAGAGAGCAGUGGGGGUGCAUCCAGUGCAGCCAGGGAAGAGCACAAAGCUUCCUGCUUCUGCACAGACCAGAGGCAGGCUCCCACCUCCAGGCUCUGGUCACCUAAAUCCGGAAAGGAAGAAGAAGUCUGCACAGGACACUGUUACUGCUGCAGCACUUUGUGUGGGAAGUGACCACUCCCCUCCUGGAGCGCCUUGGUCCCUGAAUGAGGAGCUGCAGGAUGGGCUGGUCUGUCACAAGGAAAACCUCAGCCCACGAGCCUCCACACUCCCAGAGCUAAACAGAGAUUUCCAAUUUGAUGGAAGCAGUCUUGGGAAGAAGAGAGUCUUGGCUUACGAGCAAAGCUCAGCUGUAAUGUCAAGGCCCGUUGUGGGCCCAGAGGACAAAAUUAAUAACCGCCAGGCUAAGAAAGACCCAGUUCCAGAUAAAUUCAGGAAAAUCCUACCAGGCUCAAAGAGCGUGUCUCAAAAAACAAGCGUCAGAACUCAGCCAUUGCAGCCCCCUAGGUACCUUCCUGCUUCUGCUAAUUUGCUACAUAAAAAAACAGGGACAAACCAGGAAAAAACUACUACAGUGAGGCAACCUGUGGGAAAGCCACCUGGCACAGCUCCAGUGGGAGUUUUUAAGCACCAAUUUCAACCUCCCCCAAUGAGAAGUUCUUCCACUAAGCCUCUGGCCUCAGACAGGCCUCAGGGGACAACAAACCUGAAAUCCAGCCUGAACCGAGGUGGCACCAUGCCACGGCCAAGGCCCAUGAUUAAAGGGGGGACGGACAGGAAGGACAUGAACGUGGUGCGUCCCAGACACACAGCAACAUCCCAAGGGAUAGACCACGCAAACCAGCCUCCCAGCACACACUGCUCCAAAACUCAUGCACUUGAGGGUAAUUUGAGGAGUAGGAAAGAUCAGCUUAAACCGGAGCUGCCGAAGGCAAUCGUGCAGUAUGGGCGUGUUCCCAGGAUCCCAUCAGCUGCGGAUCGUAAGAAACAGCUGGAGGAGUGGUUGGCAUCGAAAGGCAAGAAAUACAAGAGGCCGCCGAUGACGCUGCUUCAGAAGCAGGCAGUGAAGCCGCCCUGCAGAAAGGUCAAGGCAAAAGAGAAGCAAGAGAAUCCAGAGCAGCGCUGCCUGGUGAAGAUCGACAACAUAUUAACUGAGUGCCUGAACUUUGUUGAGGAGGGUGUCCAUGCAGAGGAGCUAUCAAAAGUGCUGUCUGUUGUGCCCCAGGCAGAGAAAUUUGCCAAAUUCUGGAUCUGCCAAGCAAAGCUGCUGGCCCGGAGUGGCCCCUUUGAUGUGAUGGGGCUGUACAGAGCAGCAGUCUGCGCAGGCGCUCAGCCACUCCAGGAGCUCAGGGAUGUUCUUGAUAUUUUGAAGGCUGCAGGCCAUACAUCAGAAGGGGAAAAGGCUGAGCAACCCAUUCCUUGGGAGCCUACAACACCUUGUCCAGGUGAGAGGGAGCCCGUAGCAUCGACUCCAGGCCCAGUGGGGAGGCCCCUGACCUCCCUACCUCUCUCAGUCAAGUUACGGGUCACAUCUGCAUCCAGACGAAGGGAGUUCCCGAAAGGCCCGGAAUUGAAAUUCCUGACGCCCGUGCGGCGCUCGCUGCGGGUUGAGCGGGCUGGGAGCCACUACCCAGAGAUGCUGAAGGACCAUGACCCUGUGGUGUCAUCCCUCAGUGAAAUCCUGGAUGCUGAAGAGGAGACUCAGUUCAUCUUCCAGAAAAACAAGGCUUUGCCAGAGGUGACGGGGCUGGAGGGUUUGAGUUCAUACACCCCUGAGAGCUGCUAAGGGGUUCCUGGUGGAGCCAGUCCACCUGCCCCCUGUGCUGCCUUGCACACACUCCACUGGCUUCUCUUGCUGCCCCUCGGGUGUAAGCGUGGGGGGGUGGCACAGAAUAAGCUUGUUUGAAAUAUCUAAGUGCUGUUUUAAAUAUAUUAAAGACUUGCAGUAGA